GCAUACCGCCGCUUUGCGUCAUCAAUCUGCGACAGGAGGCGGAAGUAAGAAGCAUCCAAGAAUGGGAACUCAAGUUAAAGAUGUUGUUAUGAAGGCUGAUGCUCCCAGUACAUUACUGCUGGACAAACAUGCUGAUUACAUUGCAGCAUAUGGCUCAAAGAAGGAUGAUUAUGAGUAUACUCUUUCAGAAUAUCUGCGAAUGAGUGGAAUCUAUUGGGGUCUGACAGUAAUGGAUCUUAUGGGACAGCUUUCACGAAUGAGUAAAGAUGAAAUAAUAGAAUUUAUCAAAUCCUGUCAGCAUGACUGUGGAGGGAUUAGUGCCAGCAUAGGCCAUGAUCCUCACUUGCUUUAUACACUUAGUGCAGUGCAGAUUCUUUCACUGUAUGACAGCCUUAGUUUAAUAGACACAGAUAAAGUUGUUGAAUAUGUGAAAUCAUUGCAACAAGAGGAUGGUUCAUUUGCUGGUGAUAAAUGGGGUGAAAUAGACACACGUUUCUCCUUUUGUGCAGCUGCAACACUGGCAUUACUGGGCAAAUUAGACGCCAUUAACAUAGACAAAGCUGUCGAGUUUGUUCUCUCGUGUAUGAACUUUGAUGGAGGAUUUGGAUGCCGACCUGGAUCUGAAUCUCAUGCAGGACAGAUUUAUUGCUGCACAGGAUUCUUAUCUAUAACUAAUCAGCUGCAUCAUGUAAAUGCCGACUUGCUUGGGUGGUGGCUCUGUGAGAGACAAUUACCAUCAGGAGGGUUAAAUGGCAGACCAGAAAAGUUACCAGAUGUUUGUUAUUCCUGGUGGGUACUGGCAUCAUUGAAAAUUAUUAAGAGAAUCCACUGGAUUGACAAAAAUAAACUGCGUAGUUUUAUCUUGGCCUGCCAGGAUGAGGAGACAGGGGGCUUUGCUGACAGGCCAGGAGAUAUGGUGGAUCCUUUUCAUACACUGUUUGGAAUUGCUGGUUUAUCACUUCUGGGUGAUGAGGAAAUCAAGCCUGUGAACCCAGUUUUUUGUAUGCCUGAAGAAGUCCUGCAGAGAAUGAACGUACAUCCAGAAAUUCUAAACUAAACUUAAUUUCAUAUGAACUGACACCAUCAUGUUUAACGUACAUAUAUGAGGAAAAUAAUAUUGGAUUUCCAAACGUAUACUUGAAGACAAAAAAUACUGUCCUGUAUUUUAAAUAAUCCUUAAUAUUUAUAUAUAUAUUUAAAAUAUGAUCAACUGUUUAAUGGAUUGAAGGUUAUUCAAAUAAUGAAGACAUGGAUUUUACUAUAGCUAAGUGAUAACGAUAUAGAUAACAGAAAGAAUUGUUUACAAGUAUUCUAUUUUCCUAGUACUCUAAUCCAUUAUGCAGUAAUAGUCAUCAAUGUCUGUGCUAGCAGUUUGACACACUAUUGUUGUAUUUAUAAUCAAAGUUCUCUCUCAUGUUGCACCAUUGAUGCAGUGCAUACUGUGCGCACAUUUAUUACACUGCUUUGGAAUCAAUAAAGGAUUUAACUCUAACUUCCACAUAUAAUAAAAGAGUUCAGUAUCUAUGGUACAGCUGUAGCAACAUUUUUUUCAUUAUUGCAUUAAGUAACUUCCACAUUGGUGUUGAUCAGAAGUUUUAUUAUUAUGAUUUUGAAUAUUUUGUCCACAUUUUAAUGUUUAUAGGAAGCUGGCCUCGGUUUUGCCACCAGAAGUGGGUUGCUUUUGAAUUUCUAUUUUUGCACCUUUUAUUGCAGAGAUUUUCACAUCUAGCUCUAUAGGUUUCACAUCUAAAAAGUAACCCCCUUGGAGGUUUUCAAAUUUUAUUAUUUUAAUACAGCAUUGAAUCACAAUGCAUCUGCUCUAGGUAGAUUUACAGCUGUGCCAUACCCUUUCCAUUUCUUAAUGACUGAUUUAACUGGACUCCAGUGGAUAUUCAGUGACUUGGAUAUUUUCUUAUCUCCAUCCCCUUACUUCCUCUCUUCAGUCUUUCACAGAGUUGUGUGGAAUGCCGAUUUUGUCUUUAUUGUGUACAUUAAUCCCUACAAAUUUCCAAAUAAGGUGCACUUCAGGUGUGCACAGUCAGCUGUGGAAUAUUAAAGGGGAUACAUAUUUUAUACCGUCAAUUAUUUUGUUUUAUAUUUAUAAUAAAUUUAGAUCACUUUAUAGAGAUCUGUUUUAAUUAUCACAUUAAAGAGUCUUUUUUUUUUUUUUGAUGAUUUGUGUCAAAAAAAUUCACUAUGUAUACUUUUAUAGGCACUGUAUACUAUAUUUUCCUCCAAACACUUUAUCAAUUAAAGGUCAGUUUCUGGCUUCAACUAAGCAGAUUGCUUUCUGCUCUUUGUCUGUCAUCAAACUUGGCCUCCUCUUUAUUAAUUGGCUAGUGUGAAAAUCAGCAACACUUGUAUAUUAAAGAGAAAACACAUCUAUGUUAUAGUAUACUUUUACUUUGAUAAAUUUGCCUUCUAUUAUUAUUAUUAGUUAUUUCUUAUGUCUCUUCACCUACAUUUAAUAUACAGUAUGUCAUACAUUAUUUCUUAAUGGCAAAAAAAACAAAGUUAAGUUUGGCAAAAAAUGUUCAGUUCGUUCAAGAUUUUAUUUUACACCUAAUGUAUUUCUUUGAUUUACUAGCCACUCCAGCAUUAGCAAUUCAAACAAGUAUUAGGUUAUGUUGAAAUAUAAAUAUUUUAAGGUAAACUUCAAAAUUCACAUUAAAUAUAUUGCUUUUUCCACAUGAAUUGUUACAGUGACUUAUUACAGAAGGAUAACUAACACCAGUUACUGAUUUUACCAAUUUCUGUAGUUGGAAAAUAAAAUUUUUAAGUGAUGAAUUCAUAGAGUGUUGAGUCGGUUGUUGCCACAAGUUGAAAUAGCAUAACUUUGUUAUUUAAUAACUGAAGUUUACACCUUACAGAUACAUUAUAUAAGAUUUUAGUGAAAGUAGGGCAAGCUGUUGUAUUGAGUGUGAGGUGGAAAUUUUAGCACUGAGGAUGAAAUAAGUGCAUAGCUGAACUUCUCCCAGGAGUUCGCUUAAUCAGUCUGACCCACUUGUGUCCAUUAAUUAAUGUGCUAGGUUGGUGUUCUUUAAACAGGGGACUUGGGCCUAUUUAAAGGGGUAUUAAGAAAUCUCUAAGAAACGGGGAAGAGCAACAUUGUGAAUAUAAACACUGCACAAUUUAAUUAGUUGUCACUGCUGCUUGCACUACUUGUUUUUUGCUUUGUCUUUUAUUUGCUUGAUUUUUAUUUAUUGAUUAAAAUGUCAUAAUUUUAAGCUUG